GCGCUGAGAGCGUGCGCCACUCGCCUCCUUUCACACCUGGGACGCGAGUCAGCGGUAGCCUUUGAUCAGCGUGUGUCUCAUCACAACAUUCCAGUGUGUCUUCACACGUUUCCGCUUUUCAACCCUGAAGAGAAAAAUAAACUGGGAAAGCAACAAGUCCAAAAUCAAAUGUGUCCCCGUUUGACCUUGAUAAGCAACCUUCUCCUCACGUUUUCCUCCGGUGUUUACUCCUUAUUUUAAACAUGUGACGAACGCUUUUUGGAAGAGGGGAAACUUUCCUUAAGGGGAAAAUGAAAGCCUUCAGCUUAUAUUGUUUUAUUGCAGUGAAACAUUUGGUCCUUAAUUGCAGUUACCACCCUUUGAAGGUGCACAGCUUUGUGUGCAUCACCUUGCCACAUUUUGCUUCUAAAAAUUCAGUUGUGACCUUCAGUCCAUGAUGAAUUCUCAGAUGUUACUUACUAAAGUGUUAAUUACCUGUUGCUUAUCUUGAGAAACACGUCUCACACACAUAAAUGCUCUGUGAGUUAUUGACAUGUCUUCCAUUGUUGUGCUGUGAGUCCCACUGGUCAGAGUGUGGGAACCCCAGCCCUGCCUGAGCCACAUGGCUUUGUUAUGCUAAUGUCUCAGUAUAAAAUGAGGAGCGGCUCCCCCAGAGACAUCAGAGCUCACGUUGCCAUCCAGAAGAAGCGGCUCACUUCACCUGCACAGACAUGGCUCCCUGCUCCACCAACUACUCCUCUAUUCACCACAUCAGGAUCUCUGAGAGAGACAACAUCAGACUGCGAAAACCUAUUGUGGAGAAAAUGCGCAGAGAUCGCAUCAACAGCUGUAUCGAGCAGCUCAAGAUCAUUCUGGAGAAGGAAUUCCACAAACAGGAGCCCAACUCCAAGCUGGAGAAAGCCGACAUCCUGGAGAUGACGGUGAGCUUCCUGAGGCAGCAGCUGCAGUCGGGCCUCUGUCACAGCGACCACAGCCCAAGCUACUCUCAUUGCUGGAGAGACUCUGAGCACUUCCUCUCUGCAGGUUCCAACACACAGGCCUCUGUCCCUCCUCUGCAGGGCCUCCAGCAGCAGGAGCAGCAGCCCCACCAGUCCCACAGAGCCAGCAGCUCUUCCCCAGUCUGCUCCACCCUCAGGCCCACCAUGCUGCAGGACAGCAGCAGCAGCAGCAGAGGCUCUGUGUGGAGGCCUUGGUAGAGACUCUGACACUCUGAGACCUGAGGGGAGCUGCACUCUCCCUCAUUAUGUAGGAAAUAUAUUUCCAGCCUGCUCAUUCAUGGUGGGUUUCCUUAUUGUCUCAUCACAUUGAUGGACAAGUAGUAAAAGCGAAGGCUCUCAUUUAUUUGAAGAUUGUCCUGCUUUGACUUUGAUUCACAUCUAAUGUUUGCUUUUCCUUAGUGUUUAAAGCUGGUUGAUUUUGAGUGAUGAUAUUUUUGUCAAAUCUUGUGAAAUGACUGUUUACUCCAGUGGAGUUUAUCUUUGGACUGCUUGAUGUAACAGUAUAUAUAUCUGCCAUACUGUGUUAUACUGACAGCUGCUGUUGAGAAUAUUUCUCUUCUGUUUUGAAUUAUCUAUGCCAAAUUUUAUGUAUGACGAUGAUGAUGUUUAUGUGUGUUUAUGUGUGUUUGUUUGUGUGUGUGUGAGUGUGUGUGAGUGUGUGUGUGUGUGUGUG